CCGUUAUGGCACUCUUGGCAGUGCGGAUAUCUGCAUUACGUGCAUUUCUCAUUACUUUGAGUUCAUUGACAUCGUUUAUCUAUGCUUACCCCACUGGCGUUCUCGAGGUAGUCGAGGAGCCUCAUAUUGACUUUGGCUCCCCAGAGUUUUAUGAAAAAGUCGUUGUUAUUAUUGCUUUGGUCUUGCUCGGUGGCGUCUUUGCCGGUAAAGUGUCUUUUGCCUCAUUUUCCCCCAAUAAACGGCAUGGAGAGAUCUGCAAGAGCUCAUGUAACCGGUGUGCUAAUUGUCGUAUGGAAUUGUGAACAACAGGCUUGACGCUGGGUCUUAUGGGCUUGGACGAGACGAAUCUCCAUGUGCUUAUUGAAUCUGGAACACCGACGGAGCGCGAGAAUGCCAAAAAGGUUCUCGCGCUGUUGGCCCGUGGCAAGCACUGGGUGUUGGUGACGCUUUUGCUAUCGAACGUGGUGAUUAACGAAACGCUGCCUAUUAUUCUCGACGGCGUGCUCGGCGGUGGUUGGCAAGCCGUUGUCAUAUCAACUGCACUGAUUGUCAUUUUCGGCGAGGUUAUUCCUCAAUCGAUCUGCGUACGCCAUGGUCUUGCCAUUGGCGCAAAGACAGCCUGGAUGGUCCUUGUGCUCAUGUACGCCAUGUACCCUAUUGCCUACCCAACUGCUAUUCUGCUGGAUUACUUUUUGGGCGAAUCCCACGGUACGGUUUACAAAAAGGCCGGAUUGAAGACGUUGGUGUCGUUGCAUCAAGCGGUCCAUCCCUCGGAUGUUGAAGCACUUACGUCCGACGAAGUUACAAUCAUUGGUGCCGUGCUGGACUUGAGAUCCAAACCCGUAUCGCAGAUCAUGACGCCCAUUGCUGACGUGUUCACGCUGGCAGUAGAUGAUAUCCUCGAUGAGGCCCUGGUUGACAGAAUCUUGACAGCUGGUUACUCGCGCAUACCCGUCUAUUCGUCUGGCAGCAAAACAAACUUCGUCGGCAUGUUGUUGACUAAGCGCCUUAUCACCUACGACCCCGAAGAUGCACUUCCUGUCAAGACACUGCAGAUGAGCACAUUGCCCGAAACAGGCCCCGACACUAGCUGUCUCGAUAUUCUCAAUUUCUUCCAGGAAGGAAAGAGCCAUAUGGCUUUGGUUUCGAAUGAUCCUGGAGGUGAAAGUGGUGGUAUUGGCGUUAUUACCCUUGAGGAUGUGAUUGAAGAGCUUAUUGGGGAGGAAAUCAUCGAUGAAACGGAUGUCUAUGUGGAUGUUCGUAACAAGAUUCGUGUUGUGCGUCGACAAGUCCACAACAGUAAGAAGGGCAGCAGUGCUCGUUUGCAGAACAGAUGGGCUGCGCGAAAACGACACUCUCAUCCGUUCCCACCUCGAGAACGCACCGGUAGUUCUGAGGGCAUCAUUCGCUCGAAUUCCAGUGGUUCCAUCACCAAUACGCAAUCUCACAAGGUCAUUGAGCCACAUCAAAAGACCUAUGGUGCUGUGGCCGAAGCUAGAAUGUCCACGUCGCCUUCGAAUUAUCCCGAGCAAGAAACCCAACCACUUUUGCGCAACGGCAAUAACCAUUAAAAAAGUUUAAUAUACUCUCCGCUAUUCAUUCUUUCACCCAACACAUAACACACUUUUAAAUUGCUUUCUUGGCACUACUUUCCGUUUAGCCUCAAAAGAAGAGAAAUAUAUUCUAUAUAACAAUAUCGCUUUCACUAAUAAGUGUUGCACAUUUUCAUCGCUA